AUGGCUGUCACGCAGUUUCGGCUAUUUAAGAUUUGCACUUGCCUGGCAUCCAUUCUUUCCUUCUUCAAGAGGUUGAUAUGCAGGUCAGGACGCGGUAGAAAACUUAGCGGAGAUCAGAUAACAUUGCCAACUGCAGUAGACUACUCAUCUGUUCCCAAACAGAUAAAGGUGGAGGAAUGGAGCUCUUGGGAUGAUGAAGCCCCCACAAGUGUGAAGAUUGAAGGAGGAAAUGGAACUUUAGCUUCACAGAAUUCAGUGGAGCCAGAGGAGCCUGACUACUUCAAGGAUAUGACACCAACCAUCCGGAAAACCCAGAAAAUUGUGAUAAAGAAGAGAGAACCAGCCAAUUACAGCAUCCCAGAUGGUAGCAUGGGCUUCUCCAGCAGACUGGCAGCCACCCAGGAUAUUUCCUUUAUUCAUCAGUCUGCGGAAUUGGGAGACUUGGAGACGUGGCAAGAAAACACCAAUGCUUGGGAGGAAGAAGAUGCUGCUUGGCAGGCUGAAGAGGUUUUAAGGCAGCAGAAACUGGCGGAGAGGGAAAAAAGGAGCGCAGAGCAGCAACGGAAAAAAAUGGAGAAGGAGGCUCAACGGCAGAUGAAGAAAGAUCAGAGCAAAAUCGGUGUGAAAUUAUCGUAA